UUGGGGAUCUGCUUGGUCCAGCUCCCCUGACUGGCUGCCUUUCUGGUGUGUGUGUCCCCAGCAGCAUCAUGCUGCAGCAGAUCCUGCACGACAUGUACAUUGACCCUGAGCUCCUUGCCGAGCUCAGCGAUGUGCAGAAGCACAUCCUCUUCUACAAGAUGCGAGAGGAGCAGCUGCGGCGCUGGAGAGAGCGGGAGGCAUGGGAUGCCCUGGCCCAGGCUGAAGGCCUCAGGCCCUCCAAGGUCAAACGAGCAAGCAACAAGCACAUCCAGUGGCUGCUGGGAGCAGAUGGCGAGGUCUGGGUGUGGGUCAUGGGUGAAGGCCCUGGAGACAAGCCCUAUGAAGAGAUCUCCGAGGAGCUGAUUGCAGAGAGAGCACGGCUGCAAGCUCAGAGAGAGGCUGAGGAGCUCUGGAGACAGAAGGAAGCAGAGAUCACCAAGAAGUUCCGGGAUGCCCUGGCCAAUGAGAAAGCCCGGAUCCUGGCGGAGAAGUGGAAAGUGGAGACGGAGGACCGAAAAGCUGCUAAAAUCCUAGAGGAACGUAUCCAUGAGGAAUUCAAGAGGAAAGAGGAAGAGGAGAGGAAGCAGGGAGAAGAGCAGAUUCGCCUCCAGGAGGAGCAGAGGGCGAAGGAACUCUACUGGACCCUGAAGCAGGCUCAGCUGCAUUGCCAAGACAGCGAGAAAGAGGAGCGCGAGUGGGAAGAACAGUUGCGCAGAUCCAAGGCAGCUGAUGAGGAGAGGAGUCGCAGAGCCCAGCGGGCCCGGGAUGAGUACCGUCGCCACUCACUCCGUGCCAUCCAGAAGGGCACAGUGGCAGGCCUAAGCUCCAUGUUCCAGGAACUUGGCCAGAGCCAUGAGCAGGAGGCCCGGCUUCACCACCAACUUCCGGGCACUGGUCUACCAUCACCCCUCACAGGACCUGACAGGACUUGGGAGCGCCCACUGCGUCCACUCUCCAGAGAAGUCAUUGUGCGCUGGUUUAAGGAGGAGCAGCUACCUCGCCGAGCUGGCUUUGAGAGGAACACCAAAUCCAUCGCCCCCUGGUUCCAUGGGAUUAUUAGCCGAGAAAAUGCGGAAGAUCUCCUGGAGAAUAUGACAGAGGGAGCUUUUCUGGUCCGGGUCAGUGAGAAAAUCUGGGGCUACACCCUAUCCUAUCGCCUGCAGCGAGGCUUCAAGCACUUCCUUGUGGAUGCCUCUGGAGACUUCUACAGCUUUCUGGGAGUUGACCCUAAUCGCCAUGCCACACUCACGGAUCUCAUUGAUUUCCACAAGGAGGAAAUCAUCACUGUUUCUGGGGGAGAAUUGCUGCAGGAACCCUGCGGACAGAGGGACAGCCCGCCAGACUAUCAUCUGUUGUUUGAAUGAUCUUCUUCCCUCCUUAUUAACUGGACUCCUUUGAGCAUCCCUUCUUGAAACAAUCUUAAGAGCAUUCCAACUCAGAGCCUUCUGACCUUUUGGAAGAUCCAUCAUUCUUCAGAGGAGCAAUUCGAUAGUGUGUCAUGAGAAGAUGGCAUAUAACUACAUUUAUGGUACUGUUCCUAUUCCAAGGCGUAAGACAGAAAUAACGAACAACUGAUACAGUUCUUUCAUGGAGAUAUCGCAGUAGAGGAGGCCU